AUGUCUUCCUCUGCUUCUUCCCCGCAGCAGAUCAAGGAUGAGGUCAAAGUUGUCGAGGCUAAGGCCGUGAACCAGACUAUUGCACAGCUACGAUCGCUCGCUGCUGGUGCUGCUGGUGGUCUCUGCGCCGUGGUUGUCGGUCACCCCUUUGACCUGGUUAAGGUGCGACUGCAGACUGCGGAGAAGGGUGUGUACUCCAGUGCGAUGGACGUUGUGCGCAAGACUGUUGCCCGCGAGGGAUUGGCUCGGGGUUUAUACGCUGGUGUAUCUGCCCCGCUUGUGGGUGUGACCCCGAUGUUCGCUGUUAGCUUCUGGGGUUACGAUGUGGGCAAGACACUUGUGGAGAGAUUCUCUGUUGUCCCAGUGAAGAACAACACUCCCCAGUACUCCAUCGCUCAGAUCUCCGCAGCCGGUUUCUUCUCAGCCAUCCCCAUGACCCUGAUCACAGCACCCUUCGAGCGUGUCAAGGUCCUCCUCCAGAUCCAGGGCCAGAACCCACCCCCACCCGGCCAGAAGCCCAAGUACUCUGGCGGUACGGAUGUCGUCCGCCAGUUGUACAAGGAGGGUGGUAUUCGCAGUGUCUUCCGUGGUAGCGCCAUGACCUUGGCCCGUGACGGCCCCGGUUCGGCUGCCUACUUCGCCGCAUACGAGUACAUCAAGCGAUCUCUCACCCCCAAGGAUGCCGAUGGUAACGUCACCGGUGACCUCUCCCUCUCGGCUGUCGUGUGUGCUGGUGGUGCUGCUGGUAUUGCCAUGUGGAUCCCUGUCUUCCCUGUCGACACUAUCAAGUCCCGAUUGCAGAGUGCACCGGGCAAGCCCACUAUUGGUGGAACUAUCCGUGCUGUGUACGGCAACGGUGGUUUCAAGGCUUUCUUCCCUGGUUUCGGACCGGCACUUGCUCGUGCUGUCCCGGCCAACGCGGCUACCUUCUUGGGUGUCGAGCUUGCUCACAAGUUCAUGAAGAAGAUGUUUGAUGAAUAA